AUGGGUCCAGUGCCAAGCUGGCACUUAUCAUCGAUGUUUACGAUGCGUAGUGGCAAAGCAGGCAGACAUCGAUACCUACCACCUGAAAGUCCAAAUGCUCCUAUAGAAGAAGAUGUCGGUACUGCUAACCCUGCUGAUGUUGAGGAAUGGAUGAGGACUUUAGAAAGUAUUUUUGAUGUUAUGGACUGUCUUGAGGAAAAGAAACUGCACCUUGCUACUUUCUUGCUGAAAGGCGUAGCAACUGAUUGGUGGUUAGCUUUUAGAAGCAGGUAUCGUGUUGCCAAUGACAUCAUACUAUUUGAAAAGAACUUGAAGCCCGAUAUUAGGGCGAUGGUGAUGGGACAGGGACAUGCUAGAUUUAGUCUACUAGUAGAGGCAGCCUCGAGAGUCGAGGCAGCAUUACAAGCAGGACAGAGUCAGGGAGUUCAGUUGGCUAUUCAGGGAAGAACUCUAGUGGACAGCUUAAAAAGAACAGAGGAAGAUUUUGGCCUAGUGUUACUCAUACUAGGAGUUUCAAGUCGAAAUCUCAGAGUUCUGGAUCUAGUCAAGGAUUCGGUCGUAGCCAGAGCUCCAUCUCCCAGCUAG